CAGAAUAACUCAUUUAUUGAAGAAAAAAAUUAACUAUUUACCGAAAUAUACAAUUUCCAGAGAAAUCAUGAAUGUUUUGAAUUGUUUGCAUCAUGGCCUGCCUUUACGGCAGUCGUGAGAUAAAUUUAUUGCUAUCUAUUUCGUUUCCUCGUUUUUUCCGCUAUAAAAUCGUGCUCACAGAGUUUAUUGAAUUUCAUUUUGAAGCAUGGUCGUACUUGUAUUUUUCUAUUUCAUUUUAUUGUGUGUCUGUGGUGUGUGUUCCCGCGUUUUUUUCCCACCGUGUAUAUAACGUUCCGUGAAUCGAUUCAGAGAAGAUUCAUGAGAGGAAUGUGAACCAAUUUCUCGAUUUAUGACAGAAAGUGACUUCAGUUUUACAAUAAAUCGAUCUAGUGAUUAAUAAAGUGUUAGAAAGUCAUAUAGGUAAGCAAAUAAACGAAGAAACCUGGAAUAUUUUUGGGUCUAAAAUAUCACUAUGCAUGAGAUCGUUCGGCCACGUAUACUCGACAUGUUGAUAGUGAGAAAAUAAACAUUUAAUUUUAAGCAUCUAUGAGAAUGGCACCACCAAAAGUUUUAAAUGUGCAAACUAAACAAAGUAAUACUAAUGUAACAAAUGGAAGAAAAAGAAUAACAACAAGAAGUCAAAAUGCUGGUAUGAAUAAUGUUUUACAAAAAGCACCUGUUACUAAAGAGUCUCGGGUUAAAAGGAAAGCAGAUGCAUCUCCACAGAAAGAGAAAACAGCCAAGAGAUCUGCGUUAGGAAACAUUACUAAUGCAAUUGGGAAAACGUUGGGUGCACAUCAAACACACGAACCAAAGAAAGUAAUAAAGAAAGCAACCACUACCACUACUACACAAAUAAAACCAUUCACUCAGACAAGUUCCAUACGAACGCUUGACAAAGGUAUUAGCAAACCGGAGGUAGUACCUCAGAAACCAAAGCCAGUUCCUCGCGUAAAACCAGUUAAAAAGGACGAUGAUAAAAUUGAAAUACCUACGAAGAUUGUAAAUGUUAGACGUAGUUUAGAUUUAGAAAAAUCAGACGACAGUUCGCUGUAUGUAAGUGCAUUGGACGAUGUGGGAGAUGUGUCGAGAAAGGGUAGAAAAAGCAGUGUUCAGCCCGAAGAAGCUGAAAAGUCAGAAAUAAAAAGUGCAGUGAUUGAAAUUCAAGAGCCUGUAAAGACUGAAGCAAAAGUCGAAACAGCUAAGUUAGAUGCACCCCCUGAAAGAGUAUUACCAGGAGGAGUUGAAUGGGAUUUUGACGUGGAAAAUUGGUUGGAUCCAUUUCAAGUCUCUCAUUAUGCCAUGGAUAUCUUUAAUUAUUUGAAGGACAGAGAAAGUUUGUUUCCUAUUGGAGAUUAUAUGGAAAAGCAGGUGUGCCUUUCACGGUGGAUGAGAGCAUUAUUAAUUGACUGGAUGGUUGAAGUGCAAGAAUCUUUUGAGCUCAAUCAUGAAACUUUGUAUUUGGCUGUGAAAUUAGUUGACCUGUACCUGACCAAAAUAACUGUUGGAAAAGAAACAUUACAGUUAUUAGGUGCUGCAAGUCUUUUCAUAGCUAGUAAAUACGACGAAAGGAUACCACCUAUGAUCGACGAUUUUUUGUAUAUAUGUGACGGUGCUUAUUCUCAAAGAGAAUUGAUUAGAAUGGAAAUUAGUGUGUUAAAAGUGAUUGAUUUUGAUCUUGGUAUACCUCUUUCGUACAGGUUUCUUAGACGAUAUGCAAGGUGCGCUAAAGUGUCAAUGCCAACGUUAACAUUAGCUCGAUAUAUUUUGGAAUAUUCAUUGAUGGAUUAUUCGACAAUAAUGUUUAGCGACAGUAAAAUGGCCGCGGCUGCACUACUACUUGCAUUACAGAUGAAAGAUUUAGGAGGAUGGACCUCGACCUUAGAAUAUUAUAGUGGUUAUAAAGUUGACGACAUACGGAACAUUGUACACGUUUUGAAUCAAGGACUACAUCGGAAACACAAAGAAGCUUUAACUACUGUCCGCAACAAAUACAGUCACAAGAUAUUCUUUGAAGUAGCAAAGCUGCCAUUAAAAGAUACUUUAGAUAUAUAAAUUAGUAUAAACGAGAAACAGAUAGGUAACUAUUUCUACGGUUGAUAAUACAUAGGAUGUUUAAUUAUUGAUAGAUAGCUUGUAAUGGAAUUUAUAAUAAGAAAGAUGGCCGCCAAGCGUUAAUUUAUAAAUAUAAAUCGAUAACACGAUGAUGUACCUCGUGUAAUAACGCAAUUAUAACAAUCAAAUUUCCAAAUUAUUGAUUAUCCUAAAGUCAUAAGAAAGUCAAUUACCUGUGAAACUUAAUUUGAACCUAACGAAGCCAUCCAUAGACUACAUUAAAGAACUCACGAAUACCACGAUUUUUUUGUCUUUUUUUAAUUAUUUAUACUACGUUUGUACUCUCUUAUAUUAUUCUACAACCUCAGUAUUUGUAAUUUAUUUUAAUUUCUUUUUUGUUGAGAAAUUUAUUUUAGCGCCACACUUUAUAUUUCGUAAAAAUUCUGAUCAAAGAAAACAGUAUCCUCAAAACCAUUUUUUUUAUAAAUGCUAAGAUUGAUAUAAAUCUUUUAUUUUUACUUAUUAUUUUUGUAAUUGUGCGUCAUGUUUAUCUUACAAUAUUUCACCGUAGAAUCAAUUGGGACACGUACAUAUACAUUAAUAAAUAAAGCAUUGCGUAGCGUGCAUACUUUAAUAAGUCGUAUAAAUCAUGUGGCGCAUUGUUACGCGUUGUUGUUGCAUUUUAUAGACUGAUAAACUGUAUGCUUCUAAGGAUAGCACGAAUAGUCGGAGAUUAUUUUAAGUAAUCAUACGUAAAUGAAAUAAAAUUUUAGGUUUAACAUUAUGUAUUGACAAUUGCAUAAAAAUUUGAACAUGUAGGUAAUUUACAGAGGAAAUAACACCUCGUUAUUUUACAUACAAUAAAUUUGAUAUUGCACACAGUAUUUGCAUAAAGUAUGUAUUUAAUACUAGUGUAGCAAAAGGAUAGAUUUUUAGGCCCAGUGUCAUAGUGUCAUACACCUUCUCAUUAUACAAGAAGACACCUGUGAUAUAAAUAUAUCCCAAACUUUGGUACAAUCGAACUCGUCAAAAUUCUUUCGUAAAUGACAAUUAAUAUAACUCGCACGUUAAUACUGUUAGAAAGAAUUUAAGUUUUUCUAGACAAAAAAUAUAUAUCAAAUCCAGAGUUUUCUUGUACAUAUUGAUCACAAUUAUAAAUGUGUACAUAUGUUCGAAGAGCUAUUGAGACAAAAGCGAUUUUCUUAUAACGGAAAUUUGCCAUACUUUUAAGAAUAGUUAAUGCAAUUUGAUGUCUUGUUGAAAUUCAAUAAUGUACAUAUAACGAUAGUAUAUUUUUUUACUGGCAGUGGAUGUACUAUUACUCAUUAUAAUUUUAGGAAGUGUGUGGAUGUAAAUCAUUGUAAGCGAGAUGUAUGUAAUUUAAUAAAGUCUAAUCAUUUGUA